AUGCACUCUUCCGCCAAAAAAUUGCAAAGGGUAUUAUCCUCGCGUGAAAUACGAAAAACUUUUGUGGAUUUUUUCAUUAACAAUCAUGGACAUAAAUUUGUGCGCUCUAGUCCGGUGGUGCCUUUUUGCGAUCCAACUGUAUCAUUUGUAAAUGCUGGAAUGAACCAGUUUAAAUCUGUGUUCCUGGGCAAAACGCAGCCACCCCACAAAAGAGUUACAAAUUUCCAGAAAUGUGUGCGGGUUGGUGGCAAACAUAACGAUCUGUCAGUGGUUGGCGGGGAUGGCUACCAUCAUACGUUUUUUGAGAUGUUAGGGAAUUGGUCCUUUGGCGAUUAUUUUAAGCGUGAGGCUUGUGCAAUGGCUUUAGAAUUGCUGCAAGGUCCCUAUAAAAUAGAUCCAUCUAGAUUAUAUGUCACAUACUUUGCAGGCGAUAAAGUUUUGGGUUUGCCGGCAGAUCUGGAAUGUGUUGAUAUCUGGAGAAGUCUAGGUUUUCCCAACUCUCGAAUACUGUCAUUCGGUAGUAAAGACAACUUUUGGGAAAUGGGCUUGACCGGACCUUGUGGGCCUUGCACAGAAAUACACAUAGAUCAUCGUCCAGAUUUAGCCAGUUCCGAAGAUCGAGCUAAACUGGUAAAUGCUGGUCGUUCUGAUUUAACGGAAUUGUGGAAUUUGGUAUUUAUACAAUAUAAUAGAAAUGAAGAUGGUUCUAUUACGCAAUUACCCUCGCAUCAUGUUGACACUGGUAUGGGCUUUGAAAGACUUACAGCAAUUUUACAAAAUAAAUCGUCAAACUAUGAUACUGAUCUAUUUAUGCCAAUUUUCAAUACCAUUCAAAAGGUAUCAAAAGCUCCCCAGUAUACAGGUUGUUUUCCAACUAGCAGCGAUAGUGCAACAUUAGAUACAGGCUAUAGAAUUUUAGCUGACCAUGCCAGAAUGAUAACCGUAUGCUUGGCUGAUGGUAUGCUGCCAGAUCAAAAUCAAAAACUGAGACGUGUUCUGCGAAAAGCCAUAACAAUAUCGGAAAAUAUUUUCGUCCAUGAAAAUUUGUUACAUCAUCUUGUGCCUAUUGUUGCUGAGACACUGGGUUCCGCCUAUCCAGAAAUACAAAAUAAACAAAACGACAUAUUGGAACUAAUCAAGCAUGAACAGGAAGUUUUCAAAAGUGUGAGAGAAAAUUCUGCAAAGGCAUUUAAUGAGGUCUUAAGUGAAUAUCCCGAUUUAGAGGAUGUCGACUUAAUGGAAUGUCCUGGUUUUGUACCGGCAUAUCGUGAAUUCAAAUCUGUAAAACAUACAUUUAAAAAUAAUUCAAUUCCUGGUGAUUUUCUAUAUAAGUUAUCCGAUACCUAUGGUCUAACAGAGGAGAAUUUUAUGAAAUUAGCCCAACUGGAAGAUAUGACAUAUGAUACAGAUGGAUAUAAACAAGCUGUGGCAAAUGCAAAACAAAAGGCGAAAAACUCAAUGACCUUAAAUGAACAAACGGCCAUCAAUUACAAGAAUAUAGAAAAGGCAUUAGCAGAACUGACCAAAUCUUUACCAGCCACAGAAAAUAACCACAAAUAUUCGUAUACCUAUAACCUCGAGGAUAAGAAGUAUAUAAUACCCGAAUUAAAAUCAAAGGUUUUAGGAAUUUUAUACAAUGAUGUUAGUGUAAAUGAGGUGGUGUGCAAUGGCGGUACCUCUGAUACCAAUGAUAUUGUUUCCAUUAUAACAGACGCAAGUAAUUUCUAUUAUGAAUCGGGUGGCCAGCAAUCGGAUAGAGGUCGUAUUAUUGUAAAGGUGUCAAAUAACGAAAAUUUAGAACUUAAAGUUGUAAAUGUACUCUGUAUAAAUGAUUGUGUGGUGCACAUGUGUGAAUUGCCAAAGGAAAGAUUACAAUUUACAUUGGCUACCGGUGAUAAUGUGGUACUUCAAAUUGAUGAAAAUCAUCGUAAGCGGAAUAUAUGCCAUCAUACAGCUACACAUUUAUUAAAUGGUGCUGUGAGAGCUUUAUUUAAUAAAGUCACAUAUCAGGUAUCUAGUUCAGUUACCAGUGAUUGUUGUAAACUCGAAGUUGGAUUAAUAGGAAAACGUAUAACCAAGGAUGAUGUUGCAAAAAUUGAGGAGUUAAUAAGUCAAAUUAUUUCUUCGGCUUCACCAGUGAAUGUUGAACUCUGUAAUGCCUCACAUAUUUUACAACAAAAUGAUGUGACAAUGGUACCGGGCGAAGUAUAUCCUGAAACUGGUCUCCGUUUGGUAACUAUUAAUUGUGAUAAUUUUGAUUUAAAAUCAAAAGAGCUGUGCUGUGGAACACACGUUACAAACACCAAGGAAUUAGAACAAUUUGCCAUAACCAACCUCAAACAAACUAACCGUGCCAGAUAUGCCUUUACAGCGGUGGCUGGAGAGGCGGCUGAUAAGGUCCACAAAGUAAGUCAAUUGCUGAAACAUCGCAUCGAUUUGUUGGAGAAAGAAUUCAAGACUGAUAAAAUGUCCAAUGCUACCGAAGUGGAAUUACAAAAGAUACGACAUAAUCUACUUCAUACGGAUAUACAAUUGCCAUAUGUUUUUAAAAUGGACAUUUUGGAGAGGAUAAAUGAUAUACUGAAACGUCUUAAAGAAUCUGCCAGAACAAAUAUAAAAGACUUUUUAGAUGUCGAAAUGCGUAAUCUGUUACAAGAAAAGCCCGCAUCGACGCAUCCCUAUUUAGUGCAUUAUAUAUCCAGUUCCGUUUUAAUGGAAGAGGUACCACUACAAAAGGCCACCAAACACUGUACAGAUCGUCCUAUACUGGUCAUAGCUAGAGCCGAUGGUGUUGUGAAAGCAAGAUGUUGUGUACCCAAGCAAUUUCAGACGGAAGAAUUUAAUGCCGAAAAAUGGUUGAAAGAAUUUGCCACUGUCUUUAAAGCACAGGUAUCCGCACCAAAAGGUCAAAAUCCCCAUGACGUUUGCAAUAUGAAAGGCAAGAAAACAUCAACACAAUUCGAGGAACAACUAGAAAUAGCUAUGCAAAAAGCCAAUAAUUAUGCUGAGCAAUAUUGGAGAAAAUAGUGUAUGAAAAGCGUUA